CUUUGAAUUUCAUGUAAAUAAAAAAAUAUAUUUAAUAUUUAUAAACACUGCAUCAGGGGAUAUUUUGUGAAAUCUAAAUCACGGAAUUUUAAAAAUGGCUUCGGAUCCAUUAUUUGGAUGGGAUUUAACUUUUAAGACUGUUGAAAAAGAUAUUAAAAGAAAGUCUGAUAUAAUAGUCGCUUUUAUUCAUUGGAACUUAAUGAAAAGGGGUUUUCGGAGUAUUGGAAUUGGUGAUGAGCGAAAACUGUCUGGCAAUGAGGAAAAAAGUGAACUACUGCCAACGGGUUGGAAUGAUAAGGAUAACUACACUUUACGGUAUCUUUUUGAAGAGAAAUUGUAUAUUUUACAUGGAUUGAAUACUGAUGGAAAUCUUAUUGUUAAUCUAAUGAGGUCAGAAGAUUUGGCUGUAUCCAACAUAGCAUCAAACAUAGAAGACACAGUGAAGGAAACCAGUGGUUCAAUUGAGAAAAUGCUACCAAAUCACAAAGAUCUCAUGCAUAACAUCAAGAGAGACUUGAUUGAUUCAAUUACUGAUAGACUGACAAGUUCGGCACAAACUCAAACCAUUGGUAGAGAUAAUUCACGUAGCAAUAAUAGGGAUAAUCCAGUUAGAAUUCCACCUCAGCCCCGGCCUCAACCUGUUCCUGAAAAUCCCAACUUGUGGGAGCCACCUCCUUCAAACUUAAGGAAUAUUGGACGUUCUGAUCUAGAUCCAUUUGCAGCACCUGGUGGUGGAAUGCUCUUUAACCCAUUUGGUCCAGGCAGAGAUCUUGAAAACCCAGGACUCGGCAUUCCUGGUGGUCUACCACGGGGUGCGGUACCUCCUGGAGCGCGUUUCGACCCAUUUGGCCCUCCAGGUUUUGUUCCCCUACCUGGUCGACGACAACCACCACCAGACGCAGACCACCUCCCUCCCCCUGGUUUUAAUGAUAACAUGUUCUUGUAAUCCUUAAACCUCUGUAUCUUUAUGUAUUCAUCAAUAAAAUUAUGAUAUAUUA